GUGGCAGAAGCUGUUACCAGUACAGACUGAGAGGUUCAGCUUUAAAAGUUGUUUUAUUUUAGUACAUUGAAAUCUGAUGUAUCUAAACAUAGCAGCCUUCACUGGACAUUGAAACAAGAUCAGAAGAACCAUGAAGCUGGAGCUUCCAGAAACGUUUGAAGAUGUUGCUGUUGACUUCUCAGUGGAGGAAUGGAAAAUGCUGAGCAAAGAGGAGAAACAGCUGCACCGGGAAGUGAUGGUACAGAACUUUGAGAACAUGAUCUCAUUAGGAUUUAAUAUCUCAGUGGAACAGCUGCUGCUGCUAAUUGAAAAACCCAACGAACUUCCAUUUAAUAUCAAAGAAGACAUAACUGGUGUUCGUCUAGGUCUUCCUGGAUUCACCUCAGCUAUCAGCAGGUAUUCGAGUCACAGUGAGAUUCAGAGUCAGCAGUUGUUAUUUCAAGGUCAUUGUAAUUCUAAAUUUGACAAGAUCAUUACAGACAACAUACAAGCAAACAAUGAAUCAAGACCAUGUGACAGUGCCACAUAUCACAGCAGUUUUACGUUGAAAUCUACCACUAAACUGCUUCACCGAAGCCAAAAUGGAGAGAAUCUCUAUGAACAUUUUACAAGUAAGAGUUUUACACAGAAGGUGGCCCAGUCAAUACAUGAAGAAAUGCACACUGGAGAAAAGUCUCAUAAGUGCGCCACUUGUGGCAAAUGUUUCACACAAAAGUCUUCACUUUCCGUACACGUGAAAAUACACAGCGGAGAAAGGCCACAUAAAUGUGCCACUUGUGGCAGGGGUUUUAGACAAAAGAGUGCACUUUCAGUGCAUGAAAAAAUACACACUGGAGAGAAACCUUAUAAAUGCACUUCAUGUGGCAAAAGUUUUAGAAAGAAGAUUCACCUUUCUACACACGAGAUGAUACAUACAGGUGAAAAGCCAUAUACAUGCACCAGUUGUGGCAAGAGUUUUACACAAAAGUCUUCACUUUCAGUACAUGUGAAAAUUCACAGUGGAGAAAGGCCACAUAAGUGUGUCACUUGUGGCAGGGGUUUUACGCAAAAGACUGCACUUUCAGUGCAUGAAAAAAUACACACUGGAGAGAAACCUUAUAAAUGCACUUCAUGUGGCAAAAGUUUUAGAAAGAAGAUUCAGCUUUCUACACACGAGAUAAUUCAUACAGGUGAAAAGCCAUAUACAUGUGCCAGUUGUGGCAAGAGUUUUACAAAGAAGGUUCACCUUUCUACACAUGAGAGAAUACAUACAGGUGAAAAGCCAUAUACAUGUACAAGUUGUGGCAAGAGUUUUAGAUUGAAGACUAUCCUUUCAAAACACGAAACGGUUCAUACUGGAGACAAGCCAUAUAAAUGUGUCACAUGCAACAGAUGUUUUACACAAAAGAGUACCCUUUCAUCACAUGAGAAAAUACACACUGGGGAGAAGCCAUAUACAUGUAUCACAUGUGGCAAGAGUUUUAUAUGGAAGACUCAACUGUCAGUACACGAGAGAGUGCACACUGGGGAGAAGCCAUAUACAUGUAUCACAUGCGGCAAGAGUUUUACACGGAAGACAUACCUUUCAGCUCAUGGCAGAAUACACACAGGAGAAAAUGAGUACUACUGUCACACGAUGGAUACAUCGGUGGAAUUGGAUUGCAAUCCUGAGAAUAUUUUGUUAAAUCAGAGAUGGAAUAAUAUCCUUGAUGUACAGGUCAAUCCACUGCUCAGUUUAGAGCUACAUCCUCCGGUUAUUUCACCAACCAGAGGUACUGUUGAUAACCUAAAAGAGUUUAAUGACUUGAGCAGGGAGCUUGAGAAUGAUUUAUACAAACUGCAAAGAUUAAUUUGGCAGAGGAGACAUAUGGAAGCGAGCCUGCAUUUCCAUAUAGUCCUGCGCAGCAUGCGGGUACUGUGCAUGCCCACUUAUGGCGAUAGUCACCCAGAACUCUUGAAGAGAUGGCAAAAGCUGAAUUUAGAUCUCAGCUACAGCUAUAUGAGACUGAUAAUUGAAUACUUUUCUCCUAUUGAAGCAGAGCUACUACACAAGGUAGAGGCUUUGAAUAAAGAUCUAUGGACUCACUUCAAAGGAUUUAUAUAUGAGAGGAGGUUGGAUAAUCUUUAUAUGCAAGUAGCCAUGUAUACAGCAAACAAAAUAUCAUUUUCUACGUCUGAUGAUAUCUCUUUAAAUAAUGUUCACGCUGCUGGUGGUAAUGUGUCGAGUGAAUCUGAUGCAUUAAUGACGUCAUCUCGUGAAGAACUUGGCUUGAGCAUUCCAUCUAUGAUAGCUACUCCACCUCCCAACCAGCAGGCGUUGGGAGGAACAAAAGCAGACAUUGUGUUGAGAGCUAAGCCUAAAGUUCUGGGUAAAAGCCUGGAGCAUUUUUUUCCUUUUCCAAUGAAGAUCCGAGAGACCUCCAGUGGAGGUCGCAGGAAGCAGAAGUUCUCAGGCGAGAAUCAAGGUGUAAACAGCUUAGAUAGAUGCCGUUCUGCUCUUAGCAGAAGGGACAGCAUACAACAGGGACAGCAUACAACAGGGACAGCAUACAACAGGGACAGCAUACAGCAGGGACAGCAUACAACAACAGGGACAGCAUACAGCAGGGACAGCAUACAACAGGGACAGCAUACAACAGGGACAGCAUACAACAACAGGGACAGCAUACAGCAGGGACAGCAUACAACAACAGGGACAGCAUACAACAGGGACAGCAUACAACAGGGACAGCAUACAACAACAGGGACAGCAUACAGCAGGGACAGCAUACAACAACAGGGACAGCAUACAGCAGGGACAGCAUACAACAGGGACAGCAUACAACAGGGACAGCAUACAGCAGGGACAGCAUACAACAGGGACAGCAUACAACAGGGACAGCAUACAGCAGGGACAGCAUACAACAGGGACAGCAUACAACAGGGACAGCAUACAGCAGGGACAGCAUACAACAACAGGGACAGCAUACAGCAGGGACAGCAUACAACAGGGACAGCAUACAACAACAGGGACAGCAUACAGCAGGGACAGCAUACAACAGGGACAGCAUACAACAGGGACAGCAUACAACAGGGACAGCAUACAACAACAGGGACAGCAUACAACAGGGACAGCAUACAACAGGGACAGCAUACAGCAGGGACAGCAUACAACAACAGGGACAGCAUACAGCAGGGACAGCAUACAACAACAGGGACAGCAUACAACAACAGGGACAGCAUACAACAGGGACAGCAUACAGCAGGGACAGCAUACAACAGGGACAGCAUACAACAACAGGGACAGCAUACAACAACAGGGACAGCAUACAGCAGGGACAGCAUACAACAACAGGGACAGCAUACAGCAGGGAUAGCAUACAACAGGGACAGCAUACAACAGGGACAGCAUACAGCAGGGACAGCAUACAACAGGGACAGCAUACAGCAGGGACAGCAUACAACAGGGACAGCAUACAACAACAGGGACAGCAUACAACAGGGACAGCAUACAACAGGGACAGCAUACAACAACAGGGACAGCAUACAGCAGGGACAGCAUACAACAGGGACAGCAUACAGCAGGGACAGCAUACAACAGGGACAGCAUACAACAACAGGGACAGCAUACAACAGGGACAGCAUACAACAGGGACAGCAUACAACAACAGGGACAGCAUACAACAGGGACAGCAUACAACAACAGGGACAGCAUACAACAGGGACAGCAUACAACAGGGACAGCAUACAACAACAGGGACAGCAUACAACAGGGACAGCAUACAACAGGGACAGCUACAACAGGGACAGAAUACAACAGGGACAGCAUACAACAGGGACAGCAUACAACAGUUAUAAAGUCUUAAGAACGAAACCACAUUCAAGAUACAACACUUACAGCAGUACUAAUCCUGUGGGACCAGGGACACCCAUGCAGCCAGGGCAGAUCAGAAGAAUCAUGAAGCUGGAGCUUCCAGAAACCUUUGAAGAUGUUGCUGUUGACUUCUCAGUGGAGGAAUGGAAAAUGCUGAGCAAAGAGGAGAAACAGCUGCACCGGGAAGUGAUGGUACAGAACUUUGAGAACAUGAUCUCAUUAGGGUAUAACAUCUCAGUGGAACAGCUGUUACUGGUAAUUGAAAAACCUUGCACCCUACCAUUUAAUGUUAAGGAAGAAGAUGUGACCCCAGUUGAAAUAGGGCUUCCUGAACUCACCCCAUCCAUCAACAGGUGUAUGAAUCACAGAGAGAUUCAGAGUGGACAAUCAUCCUUUCAGAAUAAUCCAAAUUACAAAUAUGACAAGGAAUUUACAAAUAAAAUACAAAUGUAUACCCAAGCGAUGCCAUUUAAAUGUGGUAUACAUGACCGUAGUUUUGGAUGUGAAUCUACUGUUAAACUACUUCAGACAAAUCACAGUGGAGAAAAGCUGAAUGUACAUUUUACAUGUGAAAAGAGCUUUAAAAAGAAGAUAGCACACUCUGUACAGAAAAAAAUACAGACUGGAGAGAAGACUCAUAAGUGUGCUACAUGUGGCAAGGGUUUUACACAGAGUGGACUCCUACUACACAAAAAAACACACACUAGAGAGAUGCAAUAUGAAUGUGCUACUUGUGGUAAGAUUUUUACACAGAAAUGUAGGCUUUCAUCACAUGAGAGAGUGCAUACUGAGGAAAAGCCAUAUACAUGUAUUAUAUGUGGCAAAAGGUUUACACAGAAGAGUUAUUUAUUAGCACAUGAGAAAAUACACACAGAUGAAAAAUUGUAUCAGUGCGCAGCAUGUGACAAAAGUUUUAGAUUGAAGAGCGCCCUUUCAAAACAUCAAAGAAUCCACAGCGGAGACAAGCCAUAUAAAUGUGUCACAUGUAACAAGAGUUUUACAGACAAAAGUAGUCUUUCCCAUCAUGAGAAAAUACACAGCGGAGAGAAGCCGUAUACAUGUAUGACAUGUGGUAAGAGUUUUACACAGGCAUCUCACCUUUCAACACACAAGAUUCUACACACGGGAGAGAAGCCAUAUGCAUGUAGCACAUGUGGCAAGUGUUUCACACGAAAGAGUCACCUUUCAGAGCAUGAGAAAAUACACACUGGAGAAAAUAUGUAUAGCUGUGCCGUAUGUGAUAAGAGUUUUAGAGUGAAGAAUACCCUUUCAAAACAUGAAAAAAUCCACAGUGGAGACAAACCAUAUAAGUGUACCACAUGUAGCAAGAGUUUUAGAGACAGGAAUGCCCUUUCAGUACACGAGAGAAUACACACGGGAGAAAAACCACAUAACUGUAUCACAUGUGGCAAGAGUUUUACACUAAAGAGUCAUCUUUUAGCCCAUGAAAAUAGACACACUAGAGAGAAGCUGUAUAAAUGUACUGUAUGUGACAAGAGUUUUACAGAUAAACGUAGCCUUUCAAGGCAUGAAAAAAUACACACUGGAGAGAAGCCAUAUACCUGUCUCACAUGUGAUAGGAGUUUUAUACAGAAGACUCACCUUUCAAGACAUGAAAAGACACACACUGUGCAGAAACAAGAGCCAUGUGGAAGAAAGAUACCCAGACAGUUCCAAUAGUAGUAGGAGC